CAAAAGUGUAGGGACCGGGUCCAUCACCUCCAUCAACACAUCCUAUCAACACCUUCGCCGUCCCCACUGAGAGUGUCUCGGACGCACACCUCGUCAUCCUUCUCAGCGAGUCCCAAUCGAACCUAGUCUCUCAUUGAUACCAUUGAGCCUCUCUCGCGGACGAUUUCUCUUCACUUGCCUUCUCUUCUCGGCUCUCUCCGUGCCUCACUGAGACAUCCACAACCUACAAGUGAAACCCCCUCAACGCCUCAGACAUUCAAGUUGAUUUGACUCGCUGCAUAUCGAAUCACUGAAUCAGCAUGGCGUCAGCAGCAGUGGUCGGGCCUCCUCCAGGGCUAGGCCCUGCUUCUCGACCGUCCACCGGCAAUGGGAAUGGCCAAGCUGCACAGACUGCCGUGCACGACAGCAGGGUCAAGUAUUCCCGCGCUUUCCUACUGAAGCUGUCGGGUAGUCCGUUGGUACAGCAACCAGAGAUGCCUCCGUUCCAGCAGUGGUUCGGUGACUGGGAAUCGUAUACACCACGCCAAGGCCAUACGUCGCACUCGAAUCAAUAUCAGCACCGAGGCGACUCAGAGCAGCAGGGCGGGAGAUACAAUAACCGGGGAGGUGACAGAGAGGCAGGUGGACACGGCAGACAUUACGGACGUAUGCAACACGAUGAUGCAUCCGGCCCAAUGGGCGAAUUCUCACACAGCAAAGGAGAUGCUCAACAGUCCACGCAUGCCAAUGGCAGAGACGGCUACCUUCCCGGCUUCCAAGGCGUGAGGAGGAGGGAAGGCGGACCUCCUGGGGAGAGGUCAGAGCGAGGUGGUGAUCGCCCGGAACGACAUGACAGAGAGAGGGGCGGUGACAGAGGGGAGGGCAGAGCGCCCUACAACAAACGAUAUGAAGAUCGGGAGGCAGGAGGCGAUGGCGCUGUUCCAAGAUACGCAAACGACCCACGAGGUGCGAACUCCCGAUUCUCUCUUACAGGCAAGAAUCCUUUUGGUCAAGUCUCUGCAAGCGGCACUUUCAAGCCAGCAGGCAAAGACGGCGAAGGCAGGUUCCCAAUGGGACGGAUGUCCUCGUAUGGCCGUGAUCGAGAACAACGAGAGCCUGUCGCCUUCGAUGAGGCAGGCAAGCCCAUUCGGAUGCCUCGCAGCGGUGGUAUGGGCAAGGACUUCAACCGAGGAGACUCUCGACGCGAAGACGGUGGUGCCAGCUCCAGGGGAGGCGGUGGAGAAGAAGAAGAUGGCGAGUGGGAGACGGUCCCUCGCUCACCGGAUGCUGAGCGCAAGAUGGUGCGAGCUGGAGCACUGGCGGACGCAGCAUCUGAUUGGAGGAGAGGUCCUGGAGCUGCUGGACUGCCCAAGCGAAACUCUGAAGCAAUCGGUGGAAGGGGAGCGGUGGGAGCUAGAGGUGCAAGGGGCGAAGAUUCCAGGAGAGGUGGGGCAGGUGGCUCUGCCGCCUUCCCCGCUUGGAUGGCCGAGGAAGCGGAAUCGCCGAGUUGGAUGGACGACAAUGCUUCAACCCCUUCACACCCAGCACAAGGAGAGAAGAAGGAGAGGGGCAAGCUCAAGUUCGAUGCUUUCCAGGGAUCCGAAAUCCAUGCUACACCACUUGCAGGUGAAGACAGCAUACAGGCAUUUAAGAGAGAGAUGAAGGAGCGAGAAAGGAGAGCAAGGGAGAAAGAGAGCGGCGAUGGCACAACAACCGAUCGUGAUGCCACUUCGCAGCCCGCGCCCGCUGCUCGGCCAUCUGCACCACCUGGUCUCUCGAAGCCAACGGAUGCAUCCGCAACCUCUCAGAAGAAGGCGGACGAGGGUACAGACGGACACAUCGAAUCUGGAGAUAGUAAGCCUCCGACAGCAUCGGGUCCACCUCCUGGCUUGGCAGGUGCAUCCAGUGCCCCUACGUCAUCGACUGCUUCUGCUUCGGCCGCAUCUACACCUUCAGCCGCCGCGGCCACUCCCGCAGGAGGCCGGGGGUCGAGUCGCUUUGCCAGAUUCUUUGAUGGCGCUGCUGCUACGAAUAAGGCUAAAGAAGCCCAGGAAAAGGCUCUGGCUGCCCAUACCCAAGGUAUCAACUCUACGAGCAGUCCCAGCCUCGCCGCUUCCACGCCGGGUGGCACUUCAACGCCUUCCAAUGCUAGUGCCGGAAUGGAAGCUUUGUUCCAGAACAUGAUGAUGAAUCACUCCCAGCCUCAGCAAUCCUCCUCGGAACAACAACAAUCUCAGCAUCGUGGAGAGACUGUCAAAUCCCCGCAGGCUGGAGCUGGAGGUGGUAGCAGCGAUGGAAAACCCAGUGAUGCCGAUGCCGAGAGUAUGCAGAAGAUUAUGGCGCUCCUUCGAGGAGGCGGUGGAGGACCGGACAGUGGCAAGGGCGAUGGCUCCCGCACUCCUUCCCAGCAGGCAUCGGGUCGAGGCGGUGGCGAUGGUGUCAGCAGUGCAGCAGCAGCUGGUUUGAUGGCAAUGCUCUCUGGAGGAGCCCAGCCUUCACCAUCAGUAUCUUCUUCUGGUGGUCAGCGCGCUCCUUCACCUCAACAGCAGCGCCAUCCUCAGCAAGGUCAAGGGCUUCCACCCGGGCUUGAAGCAGCAAGGUUCAAUGCUCACGCUCAUCCACCUCCAGGUGUCACAGGUCGAGCGUCGCCUGCUCCUCCCAUGGGCAUUCCGCCUCGAGCCCAGAGUCCCAACAUGAGCUUUGGCGCUCAACAGCAGCAGCAGCAUCGAUCUCAGAGCCCCGGUGUAGGGUUCUUCGAUCAUCCUCAACAGCAACAAAGCCACCAGCAAGGUCAACAUCAGCGAAUGGGUUCGCAUCAGGGCGGUAUGCAGCAAUUCGGCUCACUGCCUCCUGGCUUCUCUGGUAACGGUGGUGGGCCUGCCCAGUCCCCUGGUGGUACAGGCCGACCUCCCUUCGACCCACGUCUGCUGGCUCGCCCACCUCCUGGUCUUCAAGGCCCUCCUCCACCUGGCAUCAACGGCAACAACCAUCCUGCAAUGCGAGGCGGCGGAGGUGGCAAUGCUCGAGAAGGCCCAGGUCCCAAUCUGGGCAACCUGCUCGCCGGGUUCCCGCCCCACUUGCAGCACCAAUUCAUGGCCUUACCGCCUCAUGUACAGCACUCCUACCUCACUGGCGGCGGUCCGGGUCCGCAAGGCAUGCCGCCAGGUAUGGGCCCCAUGCGCGGAAUGCCCCCUGGACCUCCUCCCCCGCCUCCUCACUCGCCUUACUUCCACCAGCAGAUGCUGUACGGGCCUGGACCAGGCGCAGCGGGCUCCCCUCAGCACUUGGGUCCCUAUGGUGGAGGCUCUGGUGCUGCAGGAGCCAGCUCGCCGGGCGGUCAGGGAAUGCCGCCUCCACCCCCUGGAAUGAUGGGCGGGAUGCCCUACUACGGCGGCGGUGGCGGCAAUGGCCCACAGAGGUGAGCUCAGCAAGCCUCAAGCCCCGCUGCACACUCAUGGUCGAAUACGCUUGAUGCGAAAUGCACUCCUCUACAACCACCCAUGAGACUCUUCUUGUAUCUGCGAGGGCUCCCUCUGCUCUACCCACACAUAUCUACGAGCGCCACCUCUCAUCGCACACAUGCUCGCUUCCCUCCGCUCACACUCCCGCCAGUCCUCGACCGUGUCGUAACUCUCGCCUUUACUCUUUGUUUGUGUCUUCGCAAUUUGUGUUCUCCAUUCCUCCACACCCUCCCCCUCCUGUCAAUUGAAGCACAACGAGAAGCGAGAAGAUUACGUUCUGUUUGUUCUUGACUGAUUGGC